CGUCCCUCACUUUCCCGCCUUCCCUUUAAGCGCAGGACGCCGUUACUAAGGCGGUCGGAGAAGCGGGCAAACUGAAUCGCUCCGGCGGCAACAACAACCGUGAGGGCUCUCGGUUCCGCUUCGGCUUUCGCGGCGCCAUGGCGUUUGCCUGCCUGGAAGAUCCAACGUUGGAGAGGCAUUUCAAAGGCCACCGAGAUGCAGUAACUAGUGUGGAUUUCAGUCUAAAUAAGAAACAACUAGUAAGUGGCUCUAUGGAUUCAUGCUUGAUGAUUUGGAGUAUGAAACCUCAGAUGAGAGCCUAUCGCUUUGUGGGUCACAAAGAUGCAGUAAUGUGUGUUCAUUUUUCACCGUCUGGCCAUUUGAUUGCUUCAGGCUCUAGAGACAAAAUGGUUCGGUUGUGGGUGCCCAGUGUCAAAGGAGAAUCGACUGCGUUCAAGGCUCAUACAGCAACGGUCAGAAGUGUUCACUUUUCUAGCGACGGCCAGUCGUUGGUCACUGCCUCUGAUGACAAAACAGUUAAAGUAUGGGCUGUCCACAGGCAAAAAUUCUUAUUCUCACUAAGUCAGCACAUAAACUGGGUUCGCUGUGCUAAAUUUUCUCCUGACGGAAGAUUGAUCGUAUCAUCUAGCGAUGACAAAACUGUCAAACUUUGGGAUAAAGCAAGCAGAGAAUGUAUACAUUCUUUCUGUGAGCAUGGUGGAUUUGUACCGCAUGUGGACUUUCACCCGAGUGGAACAUGUAUCGCUUCAGCUGGCACAGAUAACACAGUGAAAGUAUGGGAUGUUAGGAUGAAUAGGCUUCUGCAGCAUUAUCAAGUACACAGUGCUUCAGUGAACAGCCUGUCCUUUCACUCCUCUGGAAACUACCUCAUUACUGCUUCUAAUGAUUCAACUCUAAAAAUACUAGAUUUGCUAGAGGGAAGGCUGCUCUAUACACUUCAUGGCCACCAGGGACCAGCUACCUGUGUUUCUUUUUCAAGAACAGGAGACUUGUUUGCUUCCGGAGGCUUUGAUGAGCAGGUGAUGGUAUGGAAAACAAAUUUUGAUGCUGCUGAUUAUGGCGACAUACUAAAAACACGCAAACACAGUAUGAACGUGAAUGGGGCUGAUUAUAGUGAUGUACUGAAAACACAGAAAUCGAGUAUGAAUGCGAAUGGUGCUUUUAACAAUAUGAAACCAAUGGAUGCUGCCAGUAGUGGGAUUCAAAAAUCUGGAAUUUACAGACAAGAAAAGCAAUCGGAGAUGGAUUUUGGAGAAAUUCCAGAUAAACCAAAAAUUCCAGAAACGGAAGCUGCAGAAUCGGUCAGGAGGCAGCAAGAACGGAUCGAUGAGGCCAGCCUUGCCAGUACCCUUCAGCAUAUCGUGGGGCAGCUCGAUGUUCUCACCCAGACUGUUUCCAUUCUAGAACAAAGGUUAACAUUAACAGAAGACAAGCUGAAGGAGUGUCUUGAGAAUCAACAAAAGAUUGCUCAAAAUAAAUCCAACUGAUUUCCCAGAGAGGUUGAUGAAGCCAGUGCUGUUGGGGUGUGUGUGUGAAUGGUUUUUAACAUGAAAGCAUUUCCUAUUUUAUUAGAAUAAAUUGUACAGUUAACAGAGUCUGUAAAUACAUUUGUAUUAAGAUUAAACUUUCUUUUCUUACUAAA